CGGGAAAACGACGUGCCGACUGAAAGAAAACGACGACGGCGACGUCGGCGAAAAAUAAUACUCUCCUGUGCAAGUGCAAAAAGAAGUGCUCUCUUGUGCGCGCCGCGAACGGUUUUUGCGGUCGGUCGAAAAAGAGUGUGAGAGGUGCAGAGGUGUGAGGAGAGAAGAGUUGUAGCAGGAGCAGUCAGAAUUCAGUCCGAAGAAACAAGCGGGGCGUAAAAUAUGUCUGGAAAUACUUGCUUUAAGUGCGACCGGCCGGGCCACUAUGCCCGCGAUUGCCAGAACGUCGGCGGAGGUAGCGGUGGUGGCGGCGGCGGUCGUCCCGGCGGCCCUCGUGGAGACCGGCGUGAUUUCGGUGGCGGCGGCGGAGGCCGACGUGAGAAGUGCUACAAGUGCAACCAAAUGGGUCACUUCGCACGCGACUGCAAGGAGGAUCUGGACCGCUGCUAUCGCUGUAACGGUAGUGGCCACAUUGCGCGUGACUGCAGCCUGUCGCCAGACGACUCGUGCUGCUACAAUUGCAACCAGAGCGGUCAUCUUGCCCGCAACUGCCCGGAGAAGAGCGACCGGGACAUGAACGUGUCCUGCUACAACUGUAACAAGAGUGGUCACAUUUCAAGAAACUGCCCAACAGGAGACAAGAGUUGCUACAGUUGCGGCAAGAUUGGCCACUUGAGUCGCGACUGCACCGAGAACAAGGGUCGCGAUUAGAAGUC